AUCCAACUACAUAACAUUUCACACACCAACCCAUUUUAUUUCAUUUUCUUUUGCACCCCAUUUCCACAAUAUAUCAUUUCUUUUUCUAAUAGCUAGUUAAUUGAUCAAUUGAUCACCACCCGCCGCUGCUGCCACCAUGGUCUCUGACUUUACCCGAUCGAAAAAUGUCUGCGUGAUCGGCGCCGGACCGUCGGGGCUUGUGGCUGCAAGAGAGUUGAGGAAAGAAGGUCAUAGGGUGGUGUUAUUGGAACAAAAAGAUGAUGUGGGUGGGCAAUGGUUAUAUGAGGCUAAUGUAGAAAGCGAGCAUCCAUUAGGGAAGAAGAAAUUUUUGGAAGUGCAUAGUAGUAUUUAUGCAUCGCUUAGAUUAGUAUCACCUAGGGAAAUCAUGGGUUAUACUGAUUUCCCAUUUUUGGUCAAGAAAGGUAGAGACAUGAGGAGAUUUCCAGGCCAUAGAGAACUUUGGUUGUACCUCAAGGAUUUUUGUGAUUCUUUUGGGUUAAGAGAGAUGAUAAGGUUUAAUACCAGGGUAGAAUAUGUGGGUAUGUUGGAUUAUGAUGAGCUUAGAAAUGAUUUGAAAUGGGUUGUGAAAAGUAAAGAGAAAGACAGUGAGAAAGCUGUAGAAGAAGUUUUUGAUGCAGUGGUUGUUGCUACUGGUCAUUACUCUCAUCCUAAGUUGCCUUUCAUUAAAGGAAUGGAGACAUGGAAGAGGAAGCAGAUGCACAGUCACAUUUACAGGGUUCCAGAGCCAUUUCGCAAUGAGGUAGUUGUGGUGGUGGGAAAUUCACUAAGUGGACAAGAUAUAUCAAUGGAGCUAGUGGAAGUUGCAAAAGAAGUUCAUCUCAGUUCUAAAUCACUUGAUGUCACUUUGGGUUUAUCUAAAGUUAUCUCUAAACAUGAGAACUUGCAUCUUCGUCCACAGAUUGAAUCCCUUGAAGAAGAUGGCAGGGUUCUGUUUGCAGAUGGCUCUCAGGUCAUUGCCGACACCAUCUUAUACUGCACAGGGUAUACAUACACAUUCCCAUUUCUUGACACCAAAGGGAUAGUGGUUGUGGAAGAUGAUAGAGUGGGACCAUUGUAUGAGCACACAUUCCCUCCAUCACUUGCUCCAUCUCUCUCUUUUGUAGGCAUACCAAGAAAGAUCAUAGGAUUCCCUUUCUUUGAAUCACAAGCAAAAUGGAUAGCUCAACUUCUGUCUGGGAAAAGAACAUUGCCAUCAUGGGAUGACAUGAUGCUGUCCAUUAAGCAGUUUUAUCAAUCAAGAGAUACUGCUGGCAUUCCAAAGCAUAACACUCAUGAUAUUGCAGAUUUUGAGUAUUGUGAUAGAUAUGCAGAUCAUAUUGGAUUUCCACACCUGGAAGAAUGGAGGAAACAGCUAUGCCUAUCUGCCUUGGUAAAUGCCAAUGACAACUUGGAGACAUAUCGUGAUUCCUGGGACGACCAUGAUCUCCUCCAGGAGGCUCUUCAAAGUCCUCAUUUCACUCAACUUGGUGUCCAAGAUUUCAUUGUGUAAACUUCUUUACUUUGUUGGGUUUUGUUUGGACCACUUCUUUUUUUGUCUAAUUAUAUAUAUAUAUAUAUAUAAUAUAUAAUAUUAUAUCUAUCAUUCAUUGUAUAAAGUGAAGAAGAAGAAAGAAAAAGGGUAAGAAAAGGCAUUGCAGCAGAGUACUUGGAGAAAAUAUAUUGAAAUCAGUCAUAUUGUUUUGCAUUCAUUUUGUUAAAGUAUAGUUUCAAGGAGAGUGUCAGUUUAUACAAUUCAGUUUCUUCGUCUUCUG